AUGUCUAUUCAAUUUUUUUCAAAAUUAAGUCAAAAUUAUAUUGAAAUUUUAGAGGAUAAUGAAUAUUAUGAUACUACUAUUGAAGUUGGAAAGGAUCCUAACGUAAAAAUAUUUCGUGCACAUAUGAUUAUCCUAUGUCACCGUUCUUCAUUUUUACGAAGAACUUUAACUUCAAACAAAAAAAAUAAUGAUGUCUUGGCUCAUAUUAAAUUAUCAAAUAUUUCGCCGGAAACCUUUCAAAUUAUCUUGAGGUAUCUUUAUGGUGGCAUUCUUUCGCUAAAUGGACAAGAUACCUUGGAUAUUUUUAAAUUAUUAGCUGCUGCUGAUGAACUUCUUCUUCAAGAAUUAGUUGAUUAUUUACAAAAAUAUUUUAUUGAAAACAAAAUUGAAUGGAUGGAACAAAACUUUGAACUUACUCAUCGAAUAAGUUUUCAAUCUAAUAGUUUGCCAGAAAUUCAAAAAUUUUGUACAGAUUUUAUGGCUAAAUCACCCGAAAAAAUAUUUAAAUCACUUGAUUUUACUUCGUUAUCUAAAAAAUCUUUGAUUUCACUUAUUAAAAGGGAUGAUUUACAAAUGAAAGAAAUUGAAGUAUGGGAACAUGUGUUAAAAUGGGGACUUGCCCAAAAUCAAACUCUCGUUCCAGAUCCUGAUACUUGGACAGAUGAUGAUUUCAAAAUGAUGGAAAAUACUUUACAAAGUUGUUUGCCUUUAAUUAGAUUUUUUAGUUUAUCAGCAAAGGAAUUUUUACACAAAGUGAGUCCGUACAAAAAACUUUUAAACUAUCAGCUUUAUAAAGAUUUAUUGAAUUCUUAUAUGGAUCCUGAUAUUGAACCAAAUGAUAACAACAUACCACUUCCCAGGAACUUAGAAAUAAGUGAUAAUAUUGAAUCAAACAUCGUUAAUUUAAAUAUAAUUUCGACUAUUUCAAGAUGGAUCGAUAAAGUGGAUUAUAAUAGUAAAUUUUCAUAUUUGAGAGAGCUAUAUGUACCAUACAAAUUCGAAUUAUUAUUAAGCGGUAGUCGAGAUGGAUUUAGUCCUAAAAAAUUUCAUGAAUUGUGUGAUAAUAAACCUAAUACUAUUACAUUUAUUAAAGUAAAAGAAACUGGAGAAAUUUUAGGUGGACAUAAUGCUUCAAUAUGGAAAUCUUCUAUUGGUUGGAGUCAAUCUUAUUAUAGUUUUAUAUUUUCUUUUAAGAAUAAAGUUGAGAUUAAGGAUUCAAUUUUAAGUCGCAUUAAAAAUAUAGAUAAAGCGUUAUAUCAUUAUGAAUAUAGUGGUCCCAGAUUUGGUAGUUUGGAUCUUAGAUUAUCAUAUAAUGGUAAUGUGUCUGAAGCGAAUCAAUUUAAUUAUAAUAUAUGUAAACAAACUAAUUAUGAUAAAAGAAUAAGAGAUACUGAAGAUGAAUUUUAUAUAGAAGACUAUGAGAUAAAUGUUCUUAAUGUUCUUUUUAAUUUAAAACCAAAUAGUAUUUAUCGUUUAACGAAUUCUUUACCAUCGAGAGUUUAUAAAUGA